AAUCUCUAAUUAACUUAAGACUAAUCGUCUCUCACUAAUCCCAAUCUAUAAUUUUAAAUUUUCUUUGAAAAAAAUAAAACAAUCACUUUUAGUCUUAAAUCGAUUAAGCUCGCGAAGAAGCUGAAUCGAGAAGGGACUCUCGGGCGAGAGAAGAAUGGGAUUCAUAGUGGGCCUUGUGAUCGGACUAAUCGUCGGAAUCACCAUCAUCAUCGGCUUUGUCAAGGCCGAGAAUUACCGAUCCAAGCUUCGCUCUGAACUUGCGAAUACGGUGGCUGCUUUCGCGAGGAUGACGGUGGAGGAUUCGAGGAAGCUUCUGCCUGCUGAGUUCUAUCCUUCCUGGGUCGUCUUCUCCGAGCGUCAGAAGUUGACGUGGCUGAACCAUCACUUGACGAAGAUCUGGCCUUAUGUUGACGAGGCAGCGUCGGAGCUUAUCAAGGCAUCCGUGGAGCCUGUUCUUGAGCAAUAUAGACCUGCCAUUGUCGCCUCCUUGACAUUUUCUAAGCUCACUCUCGGUACUGUGGCGCCUCAGUUUACAGGUGUUUCAAUUGUCGAAGGUGAUAAAAAUGGGAUGACCAUGGAACUUGAUAUGAAUUGGGAUGGAAAUCCAAACAUAGUACUUGGCAUCAAGACCUUAGUUGGUGUAUCUCUUCCAGUUCAGGUGAAAAAUAUUGGAUUCACUGGUGUUUUCAGGCUGAUUUUUAGGCCACUGGUUGAUGAAUUUCCUUGCUUUGGAGCUGUCAGUGUUUCUCUCAGAGAAAAGAAAAAGUUGGACUUCACCCUUAAGGUCAUUGGAGGUGACAUUUCAGCAAUUCCUGGACUUUCUGAUGCUAUUGAGGAAACAAUACGGGAUGCCGUGGAAGAUUCAAUCACAUGGCCUGUUCGGAAGGUCAUACCGAUUUUGCCUGGUGAUUAUAGUGACCUGGAGCUAAAGCCUGUUGGAAUGUUGGAGGUGAAGCUUGUGCAAGCGAAGAAUUUGACUAACAAAGAUCUAGUGGGAAAAUCAGACCCCUUUGCUAAAAUGUUUAUACGCCCUUUGCGAGAAAAGACUCAAAGAAGCAAGACAAUCAACAAUGACCUGAAUCCCAUCUGGAAUGAGCAUUUUGAAUUUGUUGUGGAAGACGCAUCAACCCAACAUCUAGUGGUUAGAGUAUAUGAUGACGAGGGUGUACAGGCAUCUGAGCUUCUUGGUUGUGCCCAAAUCCGACUUUGUGAACUUGAACCUGGUAAAGUGAAAGACGUCUGGUUGAAGCUGGUCAAAGAUUUAGAGAUCCAAAGAGAUAACAAGAACCGUGGAGAGGUUCACCUUGAGCUACUAUAUGUUCCUUUCGGUGCGGGAAACGGCGUAAAUCCCUUCACAUCUUCAUCGAUGACUUCCUUAGAAAAGGUGCUCAAGAAUGAUACGGCAGAUGAAGUGAAUGCAUCAUCGCGUAAAAGAAAAGAUGUCAUUGUAAGAGGAGUGCUCUCUGUGACAGUGAUAUCUGCAGAAGAGAUACCCAUACAAGAUCUGAUGGGGAAAGCUGAUCCAUUUGUCGUUCUCUCCAUGAAGAAAUCGGGUGCUAAGAGCAAAACCCGGGUUGUCAAUGACAGCUUAAACCCUGUCUGGAACCAGACUUUUGAUUUUGUAGUUGAAGACGGGUUACACGAUAUGCUAGUCCUUGAAGUUUGGGACCAUGACACAUUUGGAAAGGACUACAUUGGGAGAUGCAUCUUGACGUUGACAAGGGUUAUAAUGGAAGAGGAAUACACAGACUGGUUCGAGUUAGACGAAUCCAAAGCGGGCAAGCUGCAGCUGCAUCUCAAGUGGAUGGCUCAAUCUAUUUAUCGUGACUCCUAAGUUUGUUUGCUCAACUACAUAUUUGGAGGAUUCUCAACUUCAAAUGUACAUUGUGUCUAGUAGCCUCAAACGUAUUUGUUCUGUCAAACAGAGACGAGUCUUCAUGUUAGCUCAGGAAGAUUGAGAUUUGGAAAUGAGGUCCCCUGUUUUGUGAAAACCCUAGUCAAUAAUUUUGUUACUUGCUUUAAAAGGAAACAAGAAACAUCCACUCGAGUAUCAUAAGAGUUUUGCUAUCA